UGAAAACAUCAAACCCAAUAUCAAGUGCAAAAGAGAACAAAAACAACCUUAAAGGGCUAAGAAAUUACUUAAUUGUUCCAUAUAUUGUUAGUAAAAGUUCUUGAAAAUUUCAUACAGAAUGUUUGGGUGCAAUCCUUUGGAUUACGAUUUGAAAGUGGAAUUAUCACGAUGCUUUAAUGGUAUUGGAACUGUUUACUUAGCACAAUAUUUACCCAAUGGACAACAUAUCGCAGUAAAAAAAUAUCGAAUGGAUAAAGCAAGUAAAGAAGAGAGCAUCUUAGCGCGUGAUGAACUGCUUAUCAUGCGUCAGUUCAGUCAUCCUAACAUACAUACAUUCCAUACAUCGUUUGUAUAUGGAAAUGAGCUCUUUCAGAUAGCACCCUUGAUGUGCUUUGGCAGCUGCAAGGACACCAUUGCUAAUUGUUUUCGGGCGGGUUUUCCUGAAAUUUUUGUGGCUUUGAUAAUGCGUGAUGUACUCUCCGGGCUCGAGUACCUACAUCGUCGUGGUUAUGUUCAUCGCUCUAUUCGUGCCAGCCAUAUAUUACUCAAUCAAACAAAAGCGGUGUUAACCGGUUUCCGUGAAUGUACCAGCAUUGUAGGGCAUGGUGAACGCAUUGCAUCUUUACAUCACUUAGCACCUUGCAGUGCACGUAGUUUAAAUUGGCUAGCACCAGAAGUGCUAGAACAAAACAUAAUUGGCUACACAGAAAAAUCGGAUAUUUACUCAAUUGGUAUAACGUGCUGUGAACUAGCGAAUGGCGUAGAACCGUUUGCUGAUGCACAACCAACCUUUAUGUUAACUGAGAAAGUACGCGGCAAUGUGCCGACUUUAUUAGAUCGCUCUACAUGUCCUGCAAGCGAAGAAAUGAUAGAAAUCGUCGCCAGUACUGAUUCAGACUCUAUUAGGCAGGCACAGCAAAUAUACAGUCAACGUGUAUUCUCUGAUGAGUUCCAUCAAUUUACAGAAAUUUGUAUGGAGAAAAAACCGUCCAGUCGUUGGUCGGCAUUACAGCUCCUCAGUCAUUCCUUUUUCAAACAAUGUCGGCACACAAGCAUUCUAGAUCAAUUGCAACGCUUCGGUUUAGAGACAAAGGACUAUUCACAGAUAAGAGACGAAAGCUUGGUACUUUGCACCGACUUGAGUGAGAUGAAUGUACACAGCAAUGAUUGGAGCUGGGAUUUUUAAUCUACCAUAAAUGAAUUACUGGAAUUAUAAUAGUCAAACCAUACCAACAAACACGUUUAUA